AUGCGGCAGAGAUGGUACACCUUGGCCGAUCUUGAAGAGCCCAGAGACUGCUGGGUGUAUCCACGAAGCUUGGAGUGGUGGGACUGCAUCGUUAUGUGCUGCUGGGACGACUGGGAGUGGAUGCGGCGCUUCAGAAUGUUGAAAGCAUCAUUCCUUGAGCUUGUUCAGAGGCUUCAUCCAUGUCUGGAGCGGAAUUCCACCACCAUGCAUGCAGCCUUGUCCUUGGAAAAAAGAGUGGCUGUCGUGGUAUGGUUCCUUGCAAGUGGAGCCAGCUAUCAGGUUGGAAGCGACCUCUUCGGGAUGGGACACUCCACCGUGGCUUCCUCAGUUUUGGAGUUUUGUUUCGCAGUUGAGUUGGAACUGCUAGCGAAGACGGUCUGCCUUGGGGAUGAUGUGGGCAAGAUAAUGGAAUGCUUCCAACUUCUGGGAUUCCCGCAUUGCAUCGGCACGAUUGACGGGUGCCAUAUUCCUAUAUGUGCUCCAGGUGGGAGACCAGAGCAAUAUGGAAAUAGGAAGCAUUUCUCUUCCAUUCUCCUGCAAGGGACAGUUGAUCAUACUGGCAUAUUCAUAGACGUGGAGGUAGGGUGGAGUGGGAAGAACCACGAUGCCUUCGUGUUUUCCCACUCCGCUCUAUGCUCCGCCAUGGACUCUGGGACCUUUUUGCUGGGCAACCAAUGUAUAACGGUGCAUGGUAUUCAAGUUCCACCACUCAUCAUCUCCGACGGCGCGUACCCCAUGCGGAGAUGGCUGAUGAAGCCCUUUGGUAAUACAGCGAGCAGUGCCAUGGAGCGUCACCUUGACCGCUGUCUCUGCCGUGCGCGCAAUACUAUUGAACGCUCUUUCAGAAGGCUGAAAUCGCGUUGGAGGAGCCUGUCCACAUGCCUAAGGGCGCGUGAACAGAACAUUGUCUCCAUUGUGACAACUGCAGUGGUGCUGCACAAUCUGUGUGAAGCCAAGGGGCACCCAAUACUGUCUGUGCCUGGAGACUCGGCGGCAUUACAGGUGGAAGUCGAGGCACAGGAAUUCCAAGAACCAGAGAACAGACACCAUGAGGAGGGCAAGGUUGUGCGAAGAGCACUCGCCAGACUCAUGAGUGGUGGCACCUGA